ACAUGGGAAGAGAGAGAUUAAGACAAUGCUGUGUUUCAGUAGCUUUGCCUGAACAAAUGCGCAACUGAAAUGUGAGCUAUUUGAUUACGUUUCUUCAUAGAAAAAAGCCUAGCACUGCAGACGUCUUUAUUUUUCUACUGCAAAUAUUACAUAGAAUGGGAAAAAGUCAGAGGCUUUUUCCUUUUCGAACAGAACAGCAAAUAAGCUCCCUUUUUGCUUUCCAGAUUGUAAAAUUAAUCCUUUUUCAUGGGUGGAAUUCCUAAUUUAGGCACUUAUUGUCACAUUGGCUUUCAACGCCUACACCAUCCUGAAUAACACUGCGCAGAACUGCAUUGCCUGCAAAGUGCUUCAGCAAAGGGGAAAUUGUUUCCAGAAUUCCCAAUAAGUUUCUCUUUUAUUGAACCUUAAAUGCUGUACGGAGCCUAUUUGGAGAAGGAGGACCGUGUUAUUCAUUGAGAUGGACGCUCAGAAAGGAGGAAAUCUGACCGUGUGGAUAGACCCAGGAGCAGCUCUGCUUUUUUUGGGGUUUUUUUGCCUUUUUUUUUUUUAAACCUCACUAGGAAGAGGGUUAGAGCUGGUGCUGCUUUGCCUGUUUCAAGAUCCAGAGUUUGAAUUAUAAUCUAGGGAUACAGAAAUCUCUUCAAGGGAGCUUAAUCUGGUGAUUUGCUGUGUGUUACGCAAUGGGAGACAGAAGAUGCCUUGCUGUUUGGUGAGGAGAUGAAAAGCUAGGCAAAGACACACAUCAAAACUCAGUAACGGUGCCUCUGUGUGUGUGUCUUCCUCUACUUACAGAGCAACAGUGGAAGAGACUGCAGUCUAGAGAGUUUCGAAAUUAGGUUGGCAUCACUUCUGUCUGCUUGCAUUUAAAAGCAGAAGGUGAAAAGCUUCUCAUUUGUAAGAGAUAAGCAACUUCUUAAAGGUUAAUGCUGAAAACGUUCAAUUUGAAUUUUUUUGGAUAACGUUACAGAGGCCAAAUGACAUAGGAUGAAGGCUGUUCGUAAUUUGCUGAUUUAUAUAUUUUCCACCUAUCUACUGGUUAUGUUUGGAUUUAAUGCUGCCCAAGACUUCUGGUGUUCCACGCUGGUGAAGGGGGUCAUUUAUGGAUCGUAUUCUGUAAGUGAAAUGUUUCCUAAAAACUUCACAAACUGCACUUGGACGCUGGAAAAUCCAGAUCCGACCAAAUAUAGUAUUUACCUGAAAUUUUCCAAAAAGGACUUCAGCUGCUCCAACUUUUCCCUAUUGGCUUAUCAGUUUGAUCAUUUUUCCCAUGAAAAAAUAAAGGAUCUUUUAAAAAAUAACCAUUCUAUAAUGCAGCUCUGCGAUUCCAAGAAUGCUUUUGUAUUUCUGCAGUAUGAUAAGAAUUUUAUUCAGAUACGCCGCGUCUAUCCUAUUGAUUUCCCAGGAUUACACAAAAAAGAAGAUGACCAAAAAUCCUUCUUUGAGUUUUUGGUGUUGAACAAGGUGAGCCCAAGCCAGUUUGGGUGCCAUGUGUUAUGCACUUGGUUGGAGAGCUGCUUGAAAUCUGAGAACGGGAGAACCGAGUCCUGUGGGAUCAUGUAUACAAAAUGCACCUGCCCUCAGCAUUUGGGAGAAUGGGGAAUAGAUGACCAGUCCCUGGUGUUGCUCAAUAACGUGGUGCUGCCCCUCAACGAGCAGACAGAGGGAUGCCUGACCCAGGAGCUGCAAACCACCCAGGUCUGCAACCUCACCAGAGAAGCCAAACGGCCGCCAAAAGAAGAAUUUGGAAUGAUGGGAGAUCAUACAAUUAAAAGUCAGCGACCUCGAUCUGUUCAUGAAAAAAGGGUCCCUCAGGAACAAGCUGAUGCUGCUAAAUUUAUGGCACAAACUGGUGUUAUGGGAUUUAGAGAGUACAAUACAGGUGAAUCUGGUGUUGAAGAGUGGGCCCAGUGGAGUACGUGUUCAGUUACUUGUGGUCAAGGGUCGCAGGUGCGAACCAGAACUUGUGUAUCACCUUACGGGACACACUGCAGCGGCCCUUUAAGAGAAUCAAGGGUUUGCAAUAACACUGCCCUCUGUCCAGUACAUGGCGUUUGGGAGGAAUGGUCACCUUGGAGUUUGUGUUCAUUCACAUGUGGUCGAGGCCAAAGAACUAGGACAAGGUCAUGUAUACCUCCCCAGUAUGGGGGAAGAUCAUGUGAUGGACCUGAAACACAACAUAAACCUUGCAAUAUUGCACUCUGCCCUGUCGACGGACAGUGGCAAGAGUGGAGCUCGUGGAGCCAGUGCUCGGUGACCUGCUCCAAUGGCACCCAGCAGCGGAGCCGGCAGUGCACAGCAGCGGCCCACGGCGGCUCCGAGUGCAGAGGGCCCUGGGCUGAGAGCCGGGAGUGCUUCAACCCUGAGUGCACUGCAAAUGGCCAGUGGAACCAGUGGGGCCACUGGAGUGGCUGUUCCAAAUCCUGUGACGGUGGCUGGGAGAGGCGGAUAAGGAUCUGUCAAGGUGCUGCUGUGACUGGGCAACAGUGUGAAGGAACCGGGGAGGAAGUUAGACGGUGCAGUGAGCAGAGGUGUCCUGCACCAUACGAAAUAUGUCCUGAAGACUAUUUGAUGUCAAUGGUGUGGAAAAGGACCCCAGCUGGGGACAUGGCAUUCAAUCGAUGUCCUCUCAAUGCCACAGGCACCACUAGCAGACGCUGCUCUCUCAGUGUUCAUGGAGUGGCCUUCUGGGAACAUCCAAGCUUUGCUAGAUGCAUAUCAAAUGAGUACAGACACUUGCAGCAUUCAAUUAAAGAGCACCUUGCCAAGGGACAGAGGGUGCUGGCUGGUGAUGGCAUGUCCCAAGUAACCAAGACACUACUGGAUUUGACUCAGAGGAAAAAUUUUUAUGCAGGGGACCUUCUGAUUUCUGUGGAAAUUCUCAGAAAUGUUACAGACACAUUUAAAAGAGCAAGCUAUAUCCCUGCGUCUGAUGGAGUGCAGAACUUCUUUCAAAUCAUUAGUAACCUCUUAGAUGAAGAAAACAAAGAGAAAUGGGAAGAUGCACAACAGAUCUAUCCGGGUUCAGUGGAGUUAAUGCAGGUGAUUGAAGAUUUUAUACACAUUGUUGGAAUGGGAAUGAUGGACUUUCAGAAUUCAUACCUAAUGACUGGAAAUGUAGUGGCUAGCAUUCAGAAGCUUCCAGCUGCAUCUGUUUUAACCGACAUCAAUUUCCCCAUGAAAGGAAGAAAAGGAAUGGUUGAUUGGGCACGAAACUCAGAAGACAGGGUUGUCAUUCCAAAAAAUAUCUUCACCCCUAUGUCAACAGAACUAGAUGAAUCAACUGUAUUUGUACUUGGAGCAGUGCUAUAUAAAAAUUUAGAACUCAUUUUGCCCACUUUGAGGAAUUUUACUGUUGUUAAUUCAAAAAUCAUUGUUGUUACUAUACGACCUGAGCCCAAAACUACGGAUUCUUUCCUGGAGAUAGAACUUGCCCAUCUGUCUAAUGGCACAUUGAAUCCCUACUGUGUGCUGUGGGAUGAUUCAAGAACGAACGACUCUUUGGGAACCUGGUCCACCCAGGGAUGUAAAACUGUGCUUACCGAUGCAUCCCAUACGAAAUGCUUAUGUGAUCGUCUCUCUACCUUCGCCAUUUUGGCUCAGCAACCUAGAGAAAUAAUCAUGGAAUCAUCUGGUACACCCUCAGUGACCUUAAUAGUAGGCAGUGGUCUUUCAUGCUUGGCCUUGAUCACCCUAGCAGUUGUCUAUGCAGCGCUGUGGAGGUACAUCAGAUCUGAGAGGUCAAUAAUUUUAAUCAAUUUCUGCCUGUCUAUUAUCUCAUCAAAUAUCCUUAUCCUGGUUGGACAAACUCAGACACAUAACAAGGGCAUCUGCACCACAACCACCGCAUUUUUACACUUCUUCUUCUUAGCUUCAUUCUGUUGGGUUUUGACAGAAGCGUGGCAGUCAUAUAUGGCUGUUACUGGGAAAAUUAGGACACGGCUUAUAAGGAAACGUUUCUUGUGCCUUGGAUGGGGUUUACCAGCAUUAGUGGUUGCAAUAUCAAUAGGCUUUACCAAGACAAAAGGAUAUGGAACAGCCCACUACUGUUGGCUGUCUCUUGAAGGAGGGCUGCUUUAUGCUUUCGUUGGACCUGCAGCUGCUGUUGUCUUGGUCAACAUGGUGAUUGGCAUUUUGGUAUUUAAUAAACUUGUUUCCAGAGAUGGAAUCCUAGAUAAAAAGCUCAAACACAGAGCGGGUCAGAUGAGUGAGCCUCAUAGCGGUUUGACGCUCAAAUGUGCCAAGUGUGGAGUAGUUUCAACAACAGCUUUGUCAGCCACCACCGCCAGUAAUGCCAUGGCAUCCCUUUGGAGUUCCUGUGUGGUGUUGCCACUUCUAGCUCUGACUUGGAUGUCUGCAGUUCUGGCCAUGACAGACAAAAGAUCAAUAUUAUUUCAGAUACUUUUUGCAGUAUUUGAUUCAUUACAAGGCUUUGUUAUUGUCAUGGUCCAUUGUAUUCUCCGAAGGGAGGUUCAAGACGCAUUUAGAUGUCGACUGAGAAAUUGCCAGGAUCCAAUCAAUGCAGAUUCUUCAAGUUCUUUUCCUAAUGGACAUGCUCAAAUCAUGACCGAUUUUGAAAAGGAUGUGGACAUUGCUUGUCGGUCAGUUCUGCAUAAAGACAUUGGACCUUGCAGAGCAGCUACUAUAACAGGAACACUUUCUAGAAUUUCACUAAAUGAUGAAGAGGAGGAGAAGGGACCAAACCCUGAAGGAAUGAGCUAUUCCACCUUGCCUGGAAACAUCAUCUCCAAAGUCAUCAUCCAGCAACCAACAGGUCUCCAUAUGCCUAUGAGUAUGAGUGAACUGGCCAAUCAGUGCUUGAAAAAAGACAACAGUGAGUUGCGGAGGACUGUGUAUUUAUGCACAGAUGAUAAUUUGAGAGGUGCAGAUAUGGACAUAGUCCAUCCUCAAGAACGGAUGAUAGAAAGCGACUAUAUAGUCAUGCCCCGGGGCUCAGUAAAUACCCAGACAUCACUGAAAGAUGAGAGCAAAAUGAAUAUAGGCAUGGAUACGUUGCCUCAUGAAAGGCUGUUGCACUACAAAGUUAAUCCAGAGUUCAAUAUGAAUCCUUCUGUAAUGGACCAAUUUAAUAUUAAUUUAGACCAGCACCUUCCCACCCAAGAACAUAUGCAGAAUUUACCAUUUGAGCCCCGCACAGCAGUGAAGAAUUUCAUUGCCUCUGAGCUAGAUGACAAUACAGGAUUAUCAAGAAGUGAAACUGGAUCCACAAUAUCAAUGAGCUCUUUAGAGAAGUGUUUAUACCUAGAAAACAAGAUUAAAUUUUCCGAGCCAAUCUGUAGGAAACUGUAUAGUCCUGGAGAUUUAACAUUCCACACGACUGCAAAGGAUUUCGUGACCUACCAGAGAAGAAAAUCACGUUAUUCGGACCUUGACUUUGAAAAGGUCAUGCAUACAAGAAAGAGGCACAUGGAAUUGUUUCAAGAGUUAAAUCAGAAAUUUCAGACUCUGGACAGAUUUCGGGAUGUACCAAAAUCAGGCAGUAUGGAGAGCUCAGCACCAAGCAAGGCUCCAUGGGAGAGUUUCAAAACCACAGGCGACUACCAACACUAUACAACAAUAAAUGUAUUAGACACAGAGGCAAAAGAUGCUUUAGAACUCAGACCAGCAGAAUGGGAGAAAUGUCUGAACUUGCCUUUAGAUGUGCAAGAAGGUGACUUUCAAACAGAAGUUUAACAAAAACAAACUGAACAAAACAAAAAUAAUUCAUUGCACUGACAAUAAAGAGACUUUGGGAAGCCUGACACUCCUGUCUGAACAGUGUGACUACUUUAUGUCAGGCUCUUCCUGUGCCAAAUGUCAGUGGUUUUUUUCGUACAGUAUAUUCCCACUAGUGCAGCUAGUGGAGAACCAGGUGUACAAUUCUUACCAUCGUGUGUUGUAAGUACCCGUGGAAUGGAUUUGUAAGGUAAUCUUUAUAGAUAAACCUCAAGCAACAAUUCAUGUUGUAACAGCUUCAUUUGGUUUAGUUUUCAAAAAACUUCACCAUGAAGCACAAUGUAUAUAUUUAUGCAGUUUUUAAAGUUUAUAACAGUCUGUUUGGCCAUUACUACACUUUUUACUUUAUAAUAUAAAAGCAAAGGUUUUGUCAUUAAAUGAAUGUCUGUUGAGCUACAUUCUUCAUUGCUUUAAAUGCAAUAAAGUAAUAAUCUCACUUUUAUAUGAAUAAUAUAUUUCACAUCUUUAUUAUUGCAGUUUUCUCUGGAAAGCUCAGAGUAGCUUUCUCUGCUGCAGCUGUGUAUAAAAUAUUUAAAAUGUUGUAUGGUGUAAAUAAACCUUUGUCUACA